AUGGCGGCCGUCCGCAAACCUGUGCUGCUCGGCCUUCGGGAUGCUGAGGUGCGCGGCCACCCGACGGGACCCGGCGCCUGGACCGCGAGCAAGCUGGGCGGCGUGCCGGACGCCCUGCCCGCCGUGGCGGCGCCGAGGCCGGUGUGUCCGCGCUGCGGGGAGCCGCUCGCCCUGGUCGUGCAGGUGUACUGUCCGCUGGAGGGGUCCCCGUUCCAUCGGUUACUCCACGUGUUCGCCUGCGCCCGUCCAGGGUGCGGUGGCAGUGGGGCGCACAGCUGGAAGGUGUUCCGCUCCCAGUGCCUGCAGGUGCCCGAGAAGGAGGCGCAGCCCCCUCAGAAGCAGGAAAAUGGCCUUGACGCUCAGGACUGGUGUGAUGGUGCCAAUGACUGGGGAAGUGACAGCGAGGAGGUGCCUCCGUCACAGACGCCCUUGGAUUGUGGGAAUGGACCCAACAGCUCUAAAGGCGGAGACUGGACCACGCAGCUGCAACACCUCCGCUUGCAGGACGCAGCACCGGACACCAUUCAGCAAGGCCAAGGGGUGACCUUGCCCACUGUGCCGCCCCUGCAGUUCCUGCCGUACUACAUUGCAGUGGUGGAUGAAGAUGACUACAGGGACUGUGCAGGCCUGGACCAUGCCCAAAGCCUUCUGCGGGACUAUCAGCACAGAGAAGGGGUCGCCCUGGACCAGCUGUUGUCCCAAGGUCUUCCUAAUGAUGGUGAUGAGAAAUAUGAAAAGACCGUAAUGAAAAGUGGAGACCAGAUAUUUUACAGAUUCAUGAAGAGAAUUGCAGCUUGUCGGGAGCAGAUUUUGAGGUACUCUUGGAGUGGAGAGCCACUCUUCUUGAUGUGUCCCGUCUCAGACGUCACGGAGCCCCCAGCCUGCAGUCACUGCGGAGGUCCGAGGACGUUUGAGUUUCAACUGAUGCCAGCACUGGUCAGCAUGCUCCAGGCUGCUGAUUCAGGUGUGUCAGUGGAAUUCGGGACGAUUCUUGUUUAUACGUGUGAGAGGAGUUGCUGGCCUCCAAACCAUCCGACUCCCUUGGAAGAAUUUUGCAUUGUACAAGAAGACCCCGAUGAAUUAUUAUUUAAGUAGUUUUUACAAGAUGUGUUUAUAUUAAAACAUGCUAAUGUCCCCAUAUGUGAAUGGUUCCUUGGUUUUAACUCUCUCAUGGCCG